CCCAUUGUUGUCACCAAAGUUUCAGUUUGUUUUGGUUGAAAACACAUAUAGGGUCAUUGUUUGUUUGUUUUGGUUUUAGGAAUGGCAAACUCCAUUUUGAGAACAUUAGAUUAUGAAAGCAAAGGAUUUGUAGCAGUGGGGCUGCUUUGUUUGAUGAUGAUGAUGAUGAUUCAAAAGGGUUAUGCAAGAGAAUUCCAAGUGAACUGGGGUCUUCAUAAUGGCUCCAAUGCUCAAACUUACAAUCAAUGGGCUGAACACAACAGAUUUCAGAUUGGUGACUCACUUGUGUUUAACUACGCACCAAACGAAGAUUCAGUGCUAUAUGUGAGUGAGGAUGCCUACAAGAACUGCAAUGUAGAGUCACCCUGGUCCAAAUACACCGAUGGCCACACUGUUUUCUCAUUGGAUCAUUCAGGGCCAUACCAUUUCAUCAGUGGUACCAAAGGCAAUUGCCAAAAGGACGAGAAGUUAGUGGUCGUCGUCUUAGCUGAUCGGACCAACCGUUCUUCCAACGCAAACGUAACCAACGCUCCUUCUCCCGCGCCAUCUGGUUCGGUCGAUGUAAUGGUGCCGUCUCCAGCACCCGUAAACGAAACCAAUGCUCCUUCUCCUCCACCAACCGGUUCGACCAACGUAAUGCCGCCAUCUCCGGCACCUUCUGCGGAGUCUCCACCGACGGGGACAGUGGAGGUUAACCCGACACCGGCACCGAGUGAAGAGUCACAUCCACCAAAUGUUGCAACUUGUUUGAGGUGGAUGAGUACUACAAUGGGAACAAUGUUGGUGGCUUCAACUCUUGUUUUAGGGUUCUAAGUGGGGAGUUCUUCCUUUAUUACUACUAUUGUUAAUUUUUUUGAUAUAUUUAUUUUGUUUGAUUUGCCUCAGUUUGUGUCUAUUAGGUUAAAAUGGGUUUUUUUUUUUCUUGAUUAUUGAUUGUUAAAGAAAAACAGAAGGAAUAAGCUUUAUAUAUAGUGUGUAUAAUAUUUGGUGUGUACUUGUUUGUAAACACAUAAAUAAAUGGAUUUUAUACCUUUUGGGAUA